AUGCAGCAACGAGAGGAAAAUUCACAAAGGCAGUUGAGAGAGAUGCAGCAACGAGAAGAAAAUUCACAAAGGCAUUUGAGAGAGAUACAGCAACGAGAAGAAAAUUCACAGAGGCAGUUGAGAGACUGUGACUGGAUCAUUGCUCACCACGAAAUUCAGAUGACAGACAAAUGCCUUGGGAGGGGAGGUUGGGGAAGUGUCUAUGAAGGAGUAUAUUGUGGGUGCGCUGUAGCAGUGAAACAAAUCCAUGAUUUGAUUCUUUCUCCACAUAACAUACGCCUCUUUAAUAGAGAAAUGGAGAUUGCUUCAAAGUGUCAUCACCCUCAUUUACUACAGUUUAUCGGGGCCACAAAUGACGAAGAAAGCCCUCUGUUUGUAACAGAGCUCAUGGAAAACAAUUUGAGGACUCUGUUGGAGCAGCGGCAACUAUCUGAAAGGGAAAUACGAGCCAUUUCUCUGGACGUAGCUCGUGGACUUAACGAUCUGCAUCAUAAAAAACCAGUACCCAUCAUUCACCGGGAUAUCAGCAGUGCUAAUGUGUUGCUAUGGCGACAGGGUGACCAAUGGAGAGGCAAAGUGCCAGAUUAUGGCACUGCUAAUUUCAUGCAACAGAGCAUGACAGUGGCUCCUGGAGCUAUGAUUUACAGCGCACCUGAAGCGCUUACACCACAGCAAACAGUCAAGGUUAGUUCUCAUUGAAAAAAUAAAGGAUUCAAGGCUGUCUAAGUAACACCUUGCAAACACCAGGGCCGGAUUGUUAAACGCUGAGUUAAGCGGAUAACCGAGGUUAGCGCGAAAUUUGAAUUCAGAUCAUGAUGAAAGCUUAAAAAGUAAAUUCAGUUUAAUUCUUUCUGUCAACAAGUUGAUGAUUGGAGUCAUUAAAAAUAACAGAGAAAAUUAUCCGAGAAUGCUUUCGAACCAAAGAACAAGAAACCUGGAUUAAAUUUAACCAUGGGUUAAGCGCUAAUCGUUCUUCGAACAACUGGGCCCAGGUGGGGUCGUAAUCACCCAAAGGUCGGUGAUCUUUAUUGGCCUGGUUAUAAUGUAAACUACUUUAUACCUGAUGCAUGCAAAAGAGCACUAAUGAUAGCUAUUCAGCUAUUCUUCCUUCAAAAAAUUAUUGAUGUCUGAAACUUUUGUUGAGUGCAUAAAGUAGCAACUGGCCAGUACUGAAAAUAAAACUGGCAUGCUAAUACAUACAACGUGCUAGAACACUCGUCAAAGACUUUUAAGGACGAAUGAUUUCUGGCGAAAUAGCCGUAGGCAGUUACAGUUUUAUACAAUGGAGAAAAAUCACUUCUGUUAGUUCUUUAAGGUACUUUUAUUAUAUAUUACAGUACUAGUCAAUAUGGAUCGAAAUUGCUUCAACAGGUGAGAUCUCUUCCCUUUCAUAUACAUGAAGCCUGAAAACGCCGGCGGUAUGCCUUUCGGGGGUGGGGGUACUCUCCCUAUAAGCCAUUAUAGGAAGUACCAACCCCCCCUCCCCCGCCCCACGUCUGUAAGUUAAAGUCGUGAUGCCAUCAAGCGGUUGUUUUUAUGUGGUUGAAUAACAUUUUUGCGGCCAAGCCUGCUUUGUUUUUGUUUGUUUGUUUUUCCAUGGAAAACGUAACCCUCUGUCGAAACGAGUAAACAAGCGCGGCUCGACACGGCGAACGAGCAUCAAAACUUAAUGAUUAAGAAUACCGACAUGAACUUGACCCAGCAGCUUUUCUCGUCCGUGUGUAACCAGGCAAAAAAUAUUUAUUCUGGCUUAAUUUACGUAGUAGCAGAGAAUUCAAACACCCAUAGAACUGUAUAUUACAUGUAAUUUUCAUAUCAUUUUCUUUUGACACCCGAUUGAUGUUUACAGCUUUGGUGUUCUUCUAUGUGAAAUGUGCAUCCGGGAACUUCCAGAUCCUGGUAGGCGUGAAGUACAAGUCUUGCUUGUGACGAACACUGAGUUUAGGGACCUGGUACGGAGAUGCCUUCAGAAGACUCCGAGCAUGAGGCCAACAAUGCAAGAGACUAUCGACAACGAGAAAAAGUUCAACUUUCCAUCUUAUAAUUAG